CAACAGAAGGUUUGCUCUACAGAGCACCCAGGCUACUGCCCAGCCACUCGUUCAACUUGUCCAACUAUAGACAAAAAACUCCCUGAGACUUUACCUCGCAGGGACUACAAUGGCGUCACCUUCCCUGAUCUACCUCGCUUCUGUGCGACAGACGGAUCCUGUGAACAUUAUGAGAAGUGUUGCUUCGACCGCUGUUUUCGCAAGCAUGUUUGUAAAUUUGCCUUCAGUGAAGAUACAAAACUCAAGUAUUCAGACAAGGCAGAGCUGCAGGCUGACGUGGUUCAGCACACCAUCGCCUAGACGAGGUUCUCCAGUGAUUUGGCAGUUAUCAUUAGUACCUUCUUGAUUUAUGAACUUUAAGCAGUGUUCUUGUAACUGGAUAGUAUAGGCCAAACUAAGCAAAAUAUCUUGUUAAAAUUAGUACUUAAUAUUUUAAUAAUUUUAGCACUAGUUUCAACUAUAGCCCCAUUUAACAUUAUUUUAAGGGCUACCACAGCCAAUGCUUUAUCGAACCUUAUUUCUUCUGUCCUGGCAAGAUAUUUUGCCGAAAUUUGAUUGAAUAUAUUAAGGAUAAUUUGAUGGGUCCAACCCGUCAACAGAUGGAAAGACUAAAAUAUGACAUCCAGAGGAACCAAGUUUGUAGCCUCUCUUGUUUAAUUUAUCCGAAUUAGUUUAAAAUAUUUAAAAUACUGAUACUCUUAAAUUUGGUUGGCAUUAAUUCCCCAUUCUGUACCAAAUCUGGUAAACACAUCGGGUAAACAUAUGAAAACAAAAGUGAUUUAGAAAACACUCGAGGAAUAAUGGUUACAUGCACUAAUAUAUACCUUCAAUAAACCAAAUUGUCUUGUUACUGGUUAAUCUUUCUGGUGCCUUACAUUUUACUGGAGAAUAUAAAUAUUCAUUUGUAUCCAGGUAGAUAGUUGAAAGAGGUGUAGGUAUUUUAAGUUGUACCCGUGCACCUUUCAAUACUGGUUCCAGGAACAGUUUACGCCUAUUUUCUGCAUUAGUAUUUCACUCCUGGUCUAAAAUUAAAAUGUUCUGAAGUAAACCAAUUUUGAUAUGAAA